CGACCUUGAGAGCAUUUAUAGAGUCCAGCAGCCGUCAUGGCCACCAAAUAUGCUUUCACGCAAGGGCUACGAGAGUUGCGUUUUCAUUUGUGCAGCUCCGGUCAAGGAAGCGAAGCGACGAGAUCGUUCCUCAAGCGAGCAUAUCCAACGAUGAAGCACCAUAACCCGAAUACGCCGAUUUUAAUACGGGAAGCCGUGGGUGUAGAGCCGAAGGUCUGGGUGAGAUACGGACUAGGAAAGGAGAAAUCAGAAGCAUUAUCGGGGUUGUCAGAUAAGGAGAUCGAGGACAAAGUUACGACACUGGUCAAGAGCGAAUAGACACCCAACCGACCUGGCGAGUACUACAGCUCCCAUAGUUCGACAUUGGCGCUUUGAAACCCCUAUCGAAAACCACAUGGGCUACCGCUAUGCCUAUUCUAGAGUUGCUUGGAAUUGAGAAAAAGUCCAAUUGUACAUAUUGAGCAGCUCGAACCACACGAGAGAACAAAAAUCUUCAGGCGGCUACGUCUCCAAACCUAUAUUGGGCCCAAGCCAUACUCUCCUCUGCCAAGGUCCAUAAUUGCUUUCCCUGGUCCUCGCCCGACGCGCCGACAGCAACGUGAACGGGAAGCAGAUGUUCGAACGUGGGAUGAGCCUGCCUUGCAUCCUGCCUCUUCAACAAGUUAACCAUAGCCUCAUCGCGACGAUCUCCAGGUUUUGUCUCGGCUGCAACCUUUAUCGCUUCGUCAAAACUCGUAGCGUAGGGCAUUGUCAUACCACUACCCCUGAGCAUCAUGAGCUGUCGCAGAUUGUGUACAGACAUGCCGCUGCCAAUGAUCAGAAUGUUCUCUUCCCUUAACUUCUGUAC